GCGCGCGGCCGGCAACGCCGCGGCCGACUUGAUCCACCAGUGCAGAUGCGAGUGCCAGUUCUACUACGACGACAAGACUGGCGGAUGGAUCUCGGGUGGAGUUCGAGGGUCAUUACUGUUCAUGACGGUAGACAUGAUUGUCGCCCUAUCGUUCGCUUGCUACCUGCUGCAG